AUGGAUGUCUCACGUAGUUUCUCCAGAAUCAUCACUUCUUCCCUGAAUCACAAUAUUCGGCUAAUGCUUCCAACAUUUUUUGUCAAUGAUUGGAGGCAAAAAUUUGGUGAUACAAUAGAAGUAACUGCAUAUGAUGGCAUAAUUGUCACCAUCAAAUUAGAAAGAGUCGAUGGAAAAAUAUACCUAGCCGAUGGCUGGGAACAAUUUUUUGACUAUCAUAAUUUACAGAAUGGUUAUGUUCUAGUAUUCGAAUAUAACGAUAAUGUCACACUUAACAUGACUAUAUUUGAUCAUUUUGGGCUAGAGGUUACAUAUGACUCUGAUGAAGAAAGCCAAGAAGGAAACAUUUCAGAUAAUUCCAUAUUUGAAAUAAUACUAACACCUCGUUUUAACAGCCACAUGAAAAUUGAGAUAAAAGUCUCCGUGCACGGAGACCUUGUCUCCCUGCAUGCACGGAGACAAGUCUUCGUGCAUGGAGACUACGAGUCUCCGUGCACGGAGAGUUAG